AUGCUUCCAUUUUCACAGGGCCCUCUGAGAUUCAAUCCAUCUAGCGAACGAGGAAGGCGUCGGAAUGCGCGUCCUGAACGCUAUGACGCAUCUGUGCGGGCACCUCUGUCUACGAUAUUUUUCUCAAAGCCCUCAAAGGCUAAGAAGUGCUUUUCGGUCGAUACCGCCUCCACAACACCACUGACGACUGCUCCUGUAGGAAUAAAGCAUAAAGCAGCACCUCCUCCUGGAUUGCAGGAAGAAGCAUUGGAAUGUUUUCGUCUGUACGACAGGGACGGAGACGGGCUAGUCCCUGUGACGGAGGUUGCCUCGAUGCUCCGAAGUUUGGGUUUUGUCGUGCGCGUUGAGCAGAUCAAGGCUUUUGAGGCUGAAAUGCGUUGUCAAAAGACCACCAGUGUGAACUUCGAGACCUUUUCCUCGAUUGUCAGCAAGGGGCUUCCCAGAACAGUAGAUCCCGCGGAUGUUCUCGAUGCAUUCCACCUGCUGGACCGGGAGAAGAAGGGGAGUGUCAACGUUGAAGAGCUGCGCCACCUAAUGACAACAGUCGGCGACCCCCUGUCAGAGGCGGAUUGGCAGACGUUACUGAAUAGAACUUUGAUAACGCGCGAAAGCGUAACACCUGCGUCUUUGAAGAGCGGGACCUUUCUAAGGUUAAUCUGCGGACCGCCUGACGGCGAGGGCCAGUGGGCCACUGAUUCCGCUCUGGCGCCCCAGACUGCGUACAAAGGACCUUUGCUUUAA